AUGCCACCACGCUUUGAUCGAUUUGGAUAUGGUGGUCUGUUUGGAGGCUCUGGUGAGGGAGGUGGCGACCCUCCGAGACGUAAAUUCAAUGUGAAUCCUGGAGCCGCCGUACCAGAACGUCAGCCUCGCCCUUAUGAAAAGAAGGCUCCAGAGGGCAAAAAAAAAUUCAAUGUGAACCCUCGCGGUUAUGGAGCCAAGCCUUCCAAUCCUCCUCGUCCACCCUUAACUCGUGGCGUUAGCCAACAGGGCGAUAACAAAUGCACGCCUAAAUACUGCAGAAGAAACCAGUCCGACCAAGCUUUUUUUGGAGAGAAGAUCAUAGCAAAAGGUUCUGCUAAAGGAGCGAGAUUGGGACGUUAUACAGAUGGAACUCGAAAAGACCAAAAAUGUAUUGGGAAGGGGUUCUUGGCAGGCAACAAGAAACCCGGCAGUCGACAAUUGAAGGAAGAGAUUAACAUAUUGAAUAUAGCUCAGAUACUCAUCGACGGGUUCAACGACGAACGCGUGAUUCCUUACAAAGUUCUUCUGAAUCGAUUUGAAAUCUGGGACGCCCGAAUCGCCAAAGGCGGGUUCCAGGCCAGCUCGAGUGAUCUUCGUAGGGACGGCGACUUCUUAAUGAUGGUCGAACCUUUCAUCGAAAAUUACGAAAAGUGGAUGACGAACUUGGAUGCCCCAAAGCCGAAAGGUAACAAAUAUGACGCUAUACAAGCGUUGUCUCAUUGGUCUUAUCAUGCAACAGAUGGCCAGUAUAUGAUAUGUGACCUGCAGGGGGGGAUUGUCGAGAGAGACAAAUAUGGACGGAAACAAGAAACGACUUGGUAUAUAUCUGACCCGGUUAUAAUGACUCGUAGGAGUGGCGGGUUAGGAGGUUUCGACUUUGGAACUGAGGGUAUGAUUAAGUUCCUAGGCGCCGAUCAUGUAUGUACCCGAUUUUGUAACCCUAAUUGGAAAAAACCUUAUAAACAAGGGGGGAGGUGGUACGCUUAGGCAAUGA